GGCAACUUCAGCAUCUUCUUAUAUAUUUGCACCUAGUUGGUUAACGAAUCUAAAUAAUAAAACUGGUCCCGCAACAACUAUCUUAAGUCCAGCACACGUAUCAACGAUUGAAGGUAAUUCUAAUACAAACAACGAGACCAACGAGGAAGAAGUGGUGGUGGUUGGUUCAAAAAAUAGGGAUGGGUUAGGGGUUAUUAAGCAGGUUAGAGAUAAUAUGGUAAAAG